UGAAGAAGAAAAGAAAGAAAGAAAGAAAGAAACAGAAGCAGAACAAGCCAUUUUUGUUGUUUGCCCCUUUUCUUGUCAUCCCUUUCCCUUUUCCAACGAAUCUCUCAGAAUCAUAAAUUCAAAAAAAAAAAUUAGGCCGAAUCUCACAACUGUCAGCACUAUCAUUGUAUUAACCCCAGCUCAACUCUCAUAUAUUAAUACAUACAUUUACAUACAUAUUCCCCAGAUCUGUUCACAUAUUUCCAAUCAUUGUUUCUCUAAGGUUUCCCAAAACCACCACCAGUAAUUUCUAUGCUUUGUUGGGGCUAAAGAUUUGAUCUUUUGUUCAAGAACUUAUUUGGGUUUUCAUUUUCUUGGAUUUUUGUUUCAGGGUGUAUGUUGUAUGUAGAUCUUGAGCUGGGAAUUUCAUAAUUGAGUGUUGGAUUGAGGGAAAAGGGAAAGGGGGUAAAUUUUUUUUUUUUUUUAAAAGGGGGUUAAAAAAUGGUGUUUUGGGAGGGUUAUGUGAGUGAUGAAGUGAUGGGGACAUUUGCCCCAAUAGUGGUGUAUUGGCUGUAUGCAGGGUUUUAUCAGCUAUUGCCUCCCAUGGAUAAAUAUCGUCUUCAUACAAGGAAAGAGGAAAAUGCCAAGAAUUUAGUUCCACUGGCUUCUGUUGUUAAAGGGGUUCUUCUUCAGCAGUUUUUUCAGGCAACUGUUGCCCACUUACUCUUUUUGUUAACUUGUAAGGUAACUACAUCAGAAGCUGUAGUCCAGCCCUCAAUUCCUGUUCAGAUUGUGCAGAUCAUUAUUGCGAUGCUGGUCAUGGACACAUGGCAGUACUUUGUGCAUCGCUACAUGCAUCAGAACAAGUUUUUAUACCGCCAUAUUCACUCCCAGCAUCAUCGGUUGGUUGUGCCUUACGCGAUUGGUGCCCUUUAUAACCACCCACUUGAAGGUCUCCUCCUGGAUACUUUUGGUGGUGUUCUUUCGUUUCUUGUUGCUGGAAUGACUGCACGUACUGCUGUAAUUUUUUUCUGCUUUGCUGUGGUCAAAACAGUUGAUGAUCAUUGUGGACUUUGGCUGCCUGGUAAUAUCUUCCAUUUGUUUUUCCAAAAUAACACUGCUUACCAUGACAUUCAUCAUCAGCUUCAAGGCACAAAGUUCAAUUAUUCUCAGCCAUUCUUUUCCAUUUGGGACAAACUUCUUGGAACAUACAGGCCAUACAGACUUGUAAAAAGGCCUGAGGGUGGUUUCGAGGCCCGACUGAUGAAAGAUUAGUUGGUUUUGAUCAUUAGUCUCUGUAUGAAAUCAACAUGUCUUUUGUAGGGAUAGCUACCAAGUUGAGGUUGUUCACUCUAGCAGUUGCCUUGGAAGGUCUACGUUCAUCAAGACUUGGAAGUGUGCUGCAGAAAUUAGAAAUGUUCAUUCUUUUCUUUUCAGUUGACCCUGUUUAUUCGUAAUUUUUGUCUAACCUCUUGACGAUUUGUAAGCCUAUUGUUUCUGAGUUCUUACUUUGUGCAGUAUACUUUUUCAACUAUUGCAACUUGCUCAGACUUUAGCAGGUUGAUUUUGUAUUGCCUUUCAAGAGUUGUGUCGCGAGAAAUCAAGAUCAUGUAAUUACAUUUGUUCAAACUAUGUAGUGUAAAAUUUCGUGGUCAUUGAAGUUAUUUCAAUCACCCUUGUGCUAUUCUAUUUGAAGCCUUUGUGAUACA